AUGUAUGGAAAUCUGAGCCAUUUUUUUAAUAUAUUUCAAAUCAUCUUCAUCUUCAUCAUCAUUAUCCAUUUCUUGGACCGAGUUGCCGUGCGAGAAUUUAUUCUUCUCUCUUCCGUCACGGGCUGUCCGUCUGUUUGUCUCGUGUGGGUACUCUCCCACCACCACCGCCACCGCCAGCACCACCGCCAACCCCUAUCCCCUAUUCUCCAACGGCUAACUAAAUUCUUUUUCCUUUUUCCACGGCAGGGGGACGAAAGAGAGACAGAGAGACACACACAGAGAGAAAAGAAACGUAAUCAUAAUAAUAAUAAUACCCACCUCAUUGCUAAAACUGGUGACAACUUCAAAUGGCAAAAACAGAACCAUUUCGUAAAUAUCAAACAAUCAUUCUAUUUGUAUUCCCAUUUAGUCUUCCCGUUCAAUUUGGGUCAGUUUCUAGAUUCUAAAAAAAAAAACAAUUGA